AUGCCAAAGGUGUUCAAGUUCCUCAGGACAGCCCUCGCACCAAACACUGGAAACGCUGUUCCACGUGCAGCCACCGAUAGAAGCGAUGGGUCGCGGAAAGCAUCCUUCACUUCUUCCACCGAUGACACAUGGGGUCCAGACUUUGAUCCGCUGACCGUCUCCGCAUUUGAGUUAUCCGAACUUUUGAAUGCGCAGGCAAUCACGAGCGUGCAGAUUGUGCGCUUGUAUCUAAAAGAGAUUGAGAUGCACAACAGGCGAGGAAGACAAUUACGGGCAUUGAUCUCCGUCGCACCCAAACAUGAGCUGGUCAGAAUAGCCAGGAAGCUUGAUGAGGAACGCGCAAGAGGCAAGAUAAGAGGCCCACUACACGGAAUCCCCAUAGUACUGAAAGACAACAUCAUGACUGAUGAGAAGUUGGGCAUGGACACAACUGUUGUCGGAGUCGUGCCCAUGGAUGGCAUAUUCAGCUUGAGCAAGACAUUUGAUGCUGUCGGAGGCAUGGCCAAAUCUGCAAAAGACCUUGUAGCGCUGAUUGACGCCAUGAUGGUGCCGACCAGUCGAGAAGAGAAUGCGAGGAGCCCACACAGGUCUUUCAAGAUCAAGCCAGACUUUGGCACGCUUCGCAUCGGUAUCUGUGAGCCAACAAUUUGGAAAGCUUGGCGUAAAAGCGGGCGGAUCAAUGGCGAUGCCGAGCGAUUUAUGAAAUAUGACAUGAUCGUCCAGAGUAUGAUCGAGAUGGGCGUCGAUAUCGUGUACCCGGUAGAGCUACCCAAUCAAUCAAGCUUGACCAUCGAUGGCAAGAACUGUUUUGAGCCGGUAGUAUACUCUGAAUUCAAAGAUUGCUUGGCAGAGUUUAUUCGGGAUUUCAGAGUAACAAAGAUGCACUCAUUGGCUGAAAUCAUCAACUUCAACCUAGAUCAUCCUGAGCUAUGUCUACCGCCGACAUGUCCGGACCAAAACGACCUCAUGGCGGCAUUACAAGCAACAACUAAACGUGAAGAAGUGAAUGCCGCACGGCAACAUCUCCAGACCGCUGCGGGCCCCGAAGGCCUCGACUUCCUUUUCUCCUCCCAAAAGCUCGACAUCAUCAUUGCGCCGGGUGACGCAGCUCUAUCGACGCUCGCGGCUGCAGCAGGCUACCCAACAGCCGCAUGCCCUCUUUCCGCCCUGAAACUAAACGGCCAGCCAUUCGGCCUGACACUUGCCUCCCGUCCACAUACUGAACACAUGCUGCUGCAUUUUCUGACCGCGUACGAGAACAUUUUCCCACCGCGCGCACUUCCUCUGGCUCUCUCCUCCGUGCCGUUGCAAGACCCGAAUCCAGAACCAUUACCAGAUCAGCCCAUCAUCGACUUGAUUUUGCAUGAAUGGGAUACAAGCGUCAGCUGCAGCGCUGAUGCGCUGGCAGAUUGGCUGAAUGCGCGGUGGCGGAAGAGUGGGUUCUGUGUUUUGGUGGGUAGUGGGGUGCACUGUGAUGUUAUAAAAAACUUGAUAGUGUAUUCUCCGCGCGCGUAUGAAUAG